AUGAGCUCAUAUUCAGGUGAUACCACUCCACCCACCCCACCCCCUGUAAUCAAAGAGAGGUUCCACUAUUCUGAUAAAGUUUUGAUCAAAGAAGACAAUGGCAUGGUGACAGAGGGAAUCUACUUAUGGCCUGUGUACACAAUCAAGACAACAGAGGAAAAGUUCAUUGUAGUGGAGCCCCACCAUGUAAAACGUUUAGAUGAUCCAACUUCUGUAGGCCGUACUAAUGUGGAUGCUACUAGCACUCAGCUGAGACCUCCUCUCAGUAAGCGUGACCUUGUUUUGAUACUUGCGGAGGGUUACCAUGAAACAUUCGGGGAAGUUAUCGGGCCAGUUGUUGGUAAGCAAGGUCUAUAUAAAGUCAGACCAUGCGGUACACAAGAGAUUUUGCACUUGUACAAUGUGCAGCAACUCAAGCUUGUGAUUGAGAACUGGUUUGGCCACAAUGGUGGAGGUGGAGGUGGAGGUGGAGGUGGUGGCAGCGGUGGUGGCCACCACAGAGGCAGUGGCGGUGGUGGCCACCGCGGAGGCAGUGGCAGUGGCGGCAGCGGUGGUGGCCACCGCGGAGGCAGUGGCAGUGGCGGCAGCAGUGGUGGCCACCGCGGUCGCAAAGGCUCUGGCCGUGGUGGUGGCCGCUGCGGUGGCUCUUAUGGUGGUGGUGGCCGCCACAGAAGCGAUGCUCUACCGCUGGGGAGACCUGAGGAGGGAGACACUGUUGCCCCACGGACGGGUGUGCACAAAGGCCAACGUGGGAUGGUUAUCAGUAUUGAAGGUAGCAGAAUGCAGGUCGAACUACAGAGUGGGAGUAGGCCAGUAUUGAGUUCAAGUCGACUGCUGUGGAGAUCAUUAAGAAAAAGCGCAAGGGCAGUGGUGGCAGCACUUGUGCCAGUGAUCUCAAGCACCAUCGUGGUGGUCCUGGUGAUGGAGGUGGAGGCCAUGAUGAUCAUGGUGGUUUCAGUGGCGGGGAUGCCAAACGUCCCAAACUCCACUAAUAAUGUAGAACUUGAAGAAAAAACUUAGUUUUGAUCAAAGUGGGGUUGUUUGGUAGGAUCUGAAUUUUAAAAUGUUGUUUGGUUGGAACAUCUGAUGAAUUGUUGUUCUGAAAGGUAAAAAUGACCAUUUUACCUUUUUGUUUAAAAUAAUAAUAAAUAUUAAUAAAACCACAAAAAGUUUGAAGG